AUGGAUCAAAGAAAAGGUGAUCCAAGAAUAUACAUCGUCACUCUUCUGUUUCUUUCAUGUAUCGUCUCAGGAGGAGUCCUUCUCGGACUCUACCUCCUCCUCCCUGAUUCAAAUCCUCUGUUUCUACAAGCGGGUAUGUUCUUAGUUGGUGUCCCUUGGCUCUUCUGGUUCUUGGCUUACGUUUACUCUUGCGUCCUCAAGCCUUGUACCGUUUCCGUGAGCAAGAGCGUCGCCAAUUUCGAUCCAGAGAAAGGCGAGGAGAAGAACAACAAGAACAUUAUCCAAGAAAACGCCAUGUCAGCUUCAGAUCCCGUGGCUGCGGCUGAGCCGAUGGCUUCGCCGAGGGAAGGUGAGAAGCACGUGCAAUUCGGGAAUGUGGUGGUUCUUGGGGAUGAAGAAGGAAGAAAAGAAGAAGAUGAGGAAGAUCGAAACGAGGGCAGUUCUAAUAAUCUGAUGCAGAACCAUACGAGAAUGGAAGACGAAGACGAAGACAGAGAACAAGAAAAUCAAGAAACUGGUAGAUUGAAUUCAAGAAGCGAUGAUGAUGAUACUAGCGUUGAUGAGGAUUGCGAUAGAACUCCAUUGAGAUUAUCUAUCGGAAACAAAUGA